AGGCUGUCCUUGCUUGGGUUGUCUUGUGUAUGAUCUCGCGGGUCAAUAGUCCGAUCAUGGCAAGCCGUAUUGUUGUCCUUCUCCUUAGUGUUCAUGGAGUCAUCGCCUCUAAAGGUCUUGUUGUAGACCUUGGGUAUGCGGUUUACCAAGGAUCUGUGCAAGAGGGAUCUUCGAAUCUGUACAACUUCUCCAACAUCAGAUAUGGUGAACCACCAAUAGGUGAUCUUCGAUUUGCGAAACCUGUUGCCCCUAAAGGACGAAACAUCACUAUCGACGAAGGCGAUGUUGGUCGUAUUUGUCCCCAAGCGAUGGCCGCCUGGGAAGCAUACACUUCGUUCACAGGGCCAGACUUCCUAAGUGGCAAGAUCUCAACUCUUACAGAAGACCAGAAACAUACACUCAAAGAGCCUUCAGACCUGAAAAUUCCGAUAGAUCCGAGAGAAACCGAGGAUUGCCUCUUUCUCGACGUUGUCACGCCUGUUGAGACUUUCAACAGCCCAGUGAAGAAAUUAGCGCCUGUGAUAUUCUGGCUCUCCGGAGGUGGAUACACGACUGGCGAGAAGGGAUGGUUCGACCCAGCAGGUCUCAUCAAGGCGAGCUACGCGUCGAGUCCGGAAGGAUUGGUCUUUGUCUCUGCAAAUUACCGACUUGGUGCUCUUGGCUGGCUUGCUGGAUCCAAACUGGACGCUGGUAAAGAAACGAUGGUAGCCAACGCUGCGCUUUACGAUCAGAGACUUGCACUCGAAUGGAUUCAAGAGAAUAUUCAUCAGUUCGGCGGGGAUCCAGAUCGUGUGACCAUCAUGGGCGAGUCAGCUGGAGGUGCCAGUAUCUAUCAUCACUUGACAGCUUUUGGGGGCAAGGAUAAGACAACACUCUUCCAGCGGGCAAUCCCCCAAAGCACUGGCUGGGUUCAUAUUGCAAAUGAUAAGCUCGAGAAUGAUGUUAUCGACAAGUUCCUCGCUCUUGCCAGAGUUCAAAAUUUGGCAGCGGCUAGAAAGUUGUCAACUGAAGAGGUUCAAGAGGCUAACCGGCUUCUGAUCUCAAACUCUGCCUGGGGAACAAGUACUACAGGCCCAUUCGUGGAUGGACUAUACGUACCAGAGAACCCCGAUAAGCUCUUUGCAGAGGGAAGGCAUAUUCAAAAUGUGGAUCUGUUGGUUGGCUUCAACGAAGACGAGGGACUGAUCUUCACAUCUCCAGAGUCAAAUGACGAUGCUGGGUACCGAAAGUUUCUGGAGACAACAUACUCGAACGCCAGUCCCGAAACACUUGACCACAUCGAGACAAAGCUCUACCCACCAGUCUUUGACGGAAGUUACGGCUAUACCAACCAAACGGGCCGUGCAUCCAUCACCAAGGCCGAAUCAGAGUUCACCUGCAAGUACGGAUUUCUGCAGGCCGCAUAUGGUAACAGGGCCAAGAGCUACCGUUUCAACGUCUAUCCGGGCCUUCACGGCAGCGAAAUGCACUAUACCUUCUACAAUGGUCUGGAAAGGAAUCCGGAGGUCGAUGAAGCUAUAGCUGUCGGGUUUCAAGAGCUUCUGACGAGCUUUGCAGCGACUGGAAACGCGACUUCGCUAGCCGCUCCUCAGGGGGUGCCAGUUUAUGGGGAAGAGAGGCGUAUGCUUUACAUCAGUAAUGAAGGUUUCGGUCUCACGACGGAUGAGACUGUUUCAGAACGCUGCAAGUUCUGGCAAAGUGGGAUUUAUCUAUGAGUUUGUAGCUGUCGCAAUUCUCAUGUCAAGGUUCGGCCGGCUAAGAGAUGCUCGCGGCACCCAUCUGCUGCUGGCUUCGGUAUCGAGACUCGUGAAGGUCGCAGCAGGAUUUUCUGCUGUUGGUUGUGGUUGGCAGUUUUCCAAGACAGAUUUGGAAAUGAUGGCAUUGGAAUAGAGAUUUGGCGGCAUCGAGAAAACCAAGGUCAGAAGAAUUCUUCUUCCUUCAGUGCUGUUUCGUGUUCGGGACUUUAAGCCAAAGUCUGAUUAAUAUUGUUGUUCUCUUUUGUUCUUGUCUAGUGUUCGGUGAUGUAUGCAGUCUGCUUGUUGUUGUUGUUGUUAUUUCUGUUAUUAUUGCUCGUUACCAUAUAUUCCAUGGAGAGGUCCUUGAAUCAUUAGGUAGUGGGGCUACCAUAAGAUGGAUCCCCACUGGCUUCGAGGCCUGACCCUUUGCCAAAGUUCAUCC